AUCCUCUCACCUUAGCCUCCAGAGUAGCUGGGACUAAAGGUGUGCACCAUCAUGCCUAGCUAAUCUUAUUUUUUGUACAGCUGUCUCUACAAAAGUCUCACUAUGGUUGCCCAGGCUGGUCUCAAACUCCUGGGCUCAAGUGAUCCUCCCACCUCAGCCUCCCAAAGUGCUAUGAUUACAGGCAUGAGCCACCACACCGAGAUCAUUUACAUUUAAAUGGUACUGAUCCAUUAGCUUCAUUUCAUGAUCUAUUGAAAAACGCUAACUAAUGAACACACAUAUACUUUAAUAUUAUCUGAUGUCUUUCCUUGGGUUUCCCUCUGGUUUAAUAUCAGUACCCUAACUCUGUCCUAAACACAUUUUUCAAACUUUUCAAUAAUUUACCAUGGCCACUUUCCAGCUUCUCUCAUCUUUUCCAAACUACGACUCUAAAAAGGGCUUGGUCAUUGCCAAGAACUGAAGGAUUACUUCCCAGCACCAGUACUUCCAGCUCUAGCUGGCCCCAGCUCUUGCCCUCUGUCAAUCAGAUGGGUUUGUGACACAUAACUCCUCAUCCGGCUGCCCCUUGAGAAUCUUCUGCCUGCUUGGCAUUGGGGUUAUUCACUCUAGGAUUAGAAGGAAAUCAGCUCCUUCUCAUAUAGCAUUUACAUUACAGUUGUAGUUCCAGGGUCCUUGUUUGCAGGCACGCCCUCUCUCCUCUCUCCCUCUCCCAACGUGUGUACAAUGUUUUGCCAAGAACACACAUGUACGAAUUAGUACAUUGACUCUUUAUCCCUGGUGAAUGUCUCCAGCUGCAGAAACCAUUUUUGUUCGGCUCACUUUGAAUCUUGUGGAGCACCACCAAUAUUAGAUGCCCCUGGACACUAGUAACAAUUUUUGUACAAAUCUCCAGAUCAAUUUCAAGAGGGGGGCCGGAGACCGGGAACGGCGCCCCCUGAUGGGGAGUGCGAACUGGGUAUGGUCACUGACCCCAAGAGUCCCCUCGGUUCGACCGACACACAGAUGUAGACGCACGGAGCCUCCUACUGGCGCCGGGACUAUGGCUAUAAAUAAUUGAGGCCAAUUCCCCAGGGAGUGACAUUCCACCCCAGGCUGGGCUAGCCUACAAUUCCCAGCAGGCCUCGCGCGAACGCGGGGACUCCAUCUCCCGGCAGGCCCGGCAAUGACCUGCCAGCCAGUCAAUGGCCCGCGCUCGGAGUAGCUCUGCCUCCUGCUCAAGAAUAAAGUUAUGCAAGUCCUGAGCUACUGUGACAAUGCCCCAACCAGAAAAGAGGCACAGAAAGAGAAAAACAGGCACAUCUGGACUCAGGUUUUAUGGGUACUUCCAUGAUGAUUGCCUCCACAUUCUUCCAGCAAAUGAUCCAGGAAGCAUUGUGUUCCUCUCUCCAUUUCAUGGAUGCUGGCCCCCACAUCAGCUCUUGGGCCUAAGUCCUGGAGGCCCUGACACCUGGUGGCUGAUUCAGCAUCUCAGGAAUGGGCUUCAGGAGGAAGCCUGGUGAUUCAGGGCCUCAAGAAUGGCGUUGGCCAAGCCACCAGACCAGCUGCCUGGGCCACCUCCUCCUUGUUGAAGCGACAACACAGAGCUCAACUUACUCAACUACUGCUUGGUCCCUGCUCAGCUCCACAGACCUGUGUGGAGACAGCAACAGCUCCCAUCUGUCCACCCUUUCCGGAGACGCCGAGGCCUGAUGGUGAGCCGAAUGGGCUGGGGGGGAGGCCGGGGGCGGCUGGGGCGGUGGGGAGACCUGGGGCCGGGACCUGUGCCCCUCCUCCCCAUGCCACCGCCUCCUCCUCCUCCUCAUCGGGGCCCCGGGGGAGGGAGGAUCUCCAUCUUCUCUCUGUCUCCUGCCCCUCAUGCAAGAAGCUCCCCCUCCUCCUCUUUCCCUCCCCCCACGGGCCCCCCCUGCUCAGUGCCGCAGGGGACAGGGGCUUCUCAGCCUUGCCACAGUGCCCUCCCUGCCCCAGCCACCCCAACACGGGCACGGCCCACAAUGACACCCACCUCCGCUUCCCCCUCGUGGGGGUCCCAUACCACCCCACCCCUGGCCUCGGUGACUCCCCCUCCGUCACGCCGAUGCCUCCAGGACCCUCCUGGGCUGCGGAUGGGUCCUCUGAUCCCCGAACAGGAUUAUGAGCGGCUGGAGGACUGUGACCCUGAGGGGUCCCAAGACUCCCCCCUCCACGGGGAGGAGCAGCAACCCCUGCUUCACGUGCCUGAAGGGCUCCGGGGCUCCUGGCAUCACAUCCAGAACCUGGACAGCUUCUUCACCAAGAUCUACAGCUACCACCAGCGGAACGGCUUUGCCUGCAUCCUGCUGGAGGACGUCUUCCAGCUGGGACAAUUCAUUUUCAUUGUCGUCUUCACAACCUUCCUCCUUCGCUGUGUGGAUUACAACGUUCUCUUCGCCAACCAACCAAAUAACCAUACCAGACCUCGGCCAUUCCACAACAAAGUGACUUUGUUGGACGCCAUCCUACCCUCAGCCCAGUGUGCUGAGCGGAUCCGCUCCAGCCCCCUGCUGGUCUUCCUCCUGGUCCUGGCUGCGGGCUUCUGGCUGGUCCAGCUGCUUCGCUCAGUCUGCAGCCUUUUCAGCUACUGGGACAUCCAGGUGUUUUACAGGGAGGCCCUGCACAUCCCCCCGGAGGAGCUCAGCUCGGUGCCCUGGGCAGAGGUGCAGUCCCGCCUCCUGGCGCUGCAGCGGAGCGGGGGGCUGUGCGUGCAGCCGCGGCCGCUGACCGAGCUGGAUGUCCACCACCGCAUCCUGCGCUACACCAACUACCAGGUGGCGCUGGCCAACAAGGGCCUGCUGCCGGCCCGCUGCCCGCUGCCCUGGGGAGGCAGUGCUGCCUUCUUCAGCCGCGGCAUGGCACUCAACGUCGACCUGCUGCUCUUCCGCGGUCCUUUUUCGCUCUUCCGCGGGGGCUGGGAGCUGCCCGACGCCUACAAGCGCAGCGACCAGCGCGGCGCCCUGGCCGCGCGCUGGGGACGCACAGUGCUACUGUUGGCCGCCCUGAACCUGGCGCUGAGCCCGCUGGUGCUGGCCUGGCAGGUGCUGCACGUGUUCUACAGCCACGUGGAGCUGCUGCGGCGCGAGCCGGACGCGCUCGGGGUUCGCCGCUGGUCCCGCCUGGCGCGCCUGCAGCUGCGCCACUUCAACGAGCUGCCGCACGAGCUGCGCGCGCGCCUGGCCCGCGCCUACCGCCCCGCCACCGCCUUCCUGCGCGCCGCCGAGCCCCCCGCGCCCCUGCGCGCGCUGCUGGCCCGCCAGCUGGUCUUCUUCGCCGGCGCGCUCUUCGCCACGCUGCUCGUCCUCACAGUCUACGACGAGGACGUGCUCGCCGUGGAGCACGUGCUCACCGCCAUGACCGCGCUCGGGGUCACGGCCACCGUGGCCAGGUCUUUCGUGCCUGAGGAGCAGUGCCAAGCUCGCACCCCGCAGCUCCUGCUGCAGGCGGCCCUGGCCCACAUGCACUACCUCCCCGAGGAGCCCGGCCCUGGCGGCAGGGCCAGCGUCUACCGGCAGAUGGCGCAGCUGUUGCAGUACCGAGCGGUCUCCCUGCUGGAGGAGCUCCUGUCCCCUCUCCUCACACCGCUCUUUCUGGUUUUCUGGUUCCGUCCUCGUGCCCUGGAGAUCAUUGACUUCUUUCAUCAUUUUACCGUGGAUGUGGCCGGGGUUGGGGACAUCUGUUCCUUUGCCCUUAUGGAUGUGAAGCGCCACGGCCACCCUCAGUGGCUCUCGGCGGGACAGACGGAGGCCUCGCUGUCUCAGCGGGCAGAGGAUGGGAAGACUGAGCUGUCUUUGAUGCGGUUCUCCCUGGCACACCCGCUGUGGCGCCCCCCAGGCCACAGCUCUAAGUUCCUCGGGCACCUCCGGGGCCGGGUACAACAAGAUGCAGCCGCCUGGGGCGCCACCUCAGCUGGCAGCCCCCCCACUCCAGGAGCACUCAGUAGUUGCACGUCACCUCUGCCAGAGGCCUUCCUGGCCAACCUCUUGGGGCACCCGCUCCUGCCCCCAAGGGACCUGAGCCCCACAUCCCCCUGCCCAGCUGCCGCCACAGCCAGCCUCCUUGCCUCCAUUUCCCGAAUCGCCCAGGACCCCAGCUGUGUGUCCCCAGGGGUUACUGGGGGCCAGAAGCUGGCCCAGCUCCCAGAGCUUGCUUCUGCCGAGAUGAGUCUCCACGCCAUCUACCUGCACCAGCUUCAUCAGCAGCAGCAGCAGGAGCUGUGGGGGGGUGCUUCAGCCACCUCCCUGUCCAGGCCCUGGUCCAUCCCCUCGCAGCCACUCUCGCCUGAUGAGGAGAAGCCAUCCUGGUCAAGUGACGGCUCCAGUCCUGCCUCCAGCCCCAGACAGCAGUGGGGAGCCCGGAGGACCCGGAAUCUAUUCCCUGGAGGGUUUCAGGAGACCACAGACACUCAGAAGGAGCCUCUCCAGGCCCCUAGUACUGACUGAGAGGACUCCUCGGGGUUCCCUGGCUUCUGCAGCCACAGGAGAUUGGAAGGUGAAGGACACACCGAGCUGUCUUUAGAGCCCUCUACAUACAACAGGCCCAGGAGACCUUGGCUGGGCAGGACCUGGUGCCGGAGGUCAAUGAGGAGCUCGCCCCAGAGAACAGAGAAAGGGUUGGAGAGGAGAUGCCAGUGGCAUCUGGAAACAGGUCUUAGAGAUGGUCUCCACAUGGAGGGGUAAGGAGACACAUCCCACCUAGCUGGAGCAGUUGCCUGGGAAGAAGUCCCCAGGUAUACUCAGGUGGGGGAUAGGGGCCAAGGAGGGGGCCACCUAAGUGUAAGGGAAACAAUGGGGCCAGUGAUCUGAAAGGCAGUGGCGUCUUCACUGGCCUCUGUCAGGUUCCCAUGGCACUUGCAGGGGAACUUGUCAGUGGAAAGACUGAAGAGGGCUGGUGGUUGUGGACUUCAGCAUCGGCGUGAUGUCUGAGGGGGGUGCGGCUCCUCAUCCUGUAUGACAUAAGCAGUAAAGAUCGCUCAUGACUGUGUUGCA